AUGGCGCUACUGGCAAUAGAGUCGGCCGCAGAGUAUGAUGAAGUUGUUACAGUGUCAGAUAGUUACAAAUUAAAAUUAUUGCGCGUGAUUGAGAAAGACACUUUGAUUCACCUACCGUUUCGGUCCUGGGAACUUCACGAAUAUCCUUCACUACCGCAAACGACUCGACAGAGCUGGACAAUAAAAACGAGUUCGCAAAUUGAAAAGCCUCGGUACGUGGUGCUGGCCUUUCAGACCGGUAGAAAGAACGACCUAAGAAAGGACGCCUCUACUUUUGACCGUUGUGCCCUUACGAAUGUUAAACUUUAUCUGAAUUCACAGUACUACCCUUACGACAAUGUCCACGGCGAUCUCUGUAUAUUUUACGACAUGUACACACGAUUCCAAAGUUCGUACUAUCAAAAACCAGGGUCUCCGCUGGUUGACUUUAAAACAUUCACGUCUCAUGUGCCUCUGUACGUGAUUGAUUGUUCCAAGCAGAACGAUUCGAUCAAGUCGGGACCUGUAGAUGUUAGGUUGGAAUUUGAAGCUAAGGAGAAUUUCCCGCCAAACACAGCUGCAUACUGUCUCCUACUGCAUGACUCCCACAUGGCGUACACAGUGCUCACCGGAAUGCGUGUGGUCACGACCCGAGACUACGUCAGGUCCUGA